UGUCUCCAGUCAUCGGGUAAAAUAUGGCGAGGUUUAUCCAUAGAGAGGAAUCUGAGAUCACCAUGGACUAUGUGAAUCUACCUGAGCCGACAGCCGGGAGUAACGCCCUGGAGAGCGGACCUGGUGAAGACGCUGGACUGACUCCUGCAGUGUGCGGGAGAACACUCAGACUGGUUGCUGUGAGCUUUGGACUCCUGUGUAUCCUACAAGUUGCUCUCAACAUUUCCCUGCACUUCACUCUCUACAGUAAGACAUCAGAUAUAGAUGUCAGUUGCACAAACCUGACUUACGAGACUGAGAAGCUGAAGAAGGAACUGAUUAACUUUGAUCACUUUUUCCAACAAGGCUGGGUGUAUAUCCGUCCCAGUUUCUAUUACAUUUCUUCUGUCAGGAAAACGUGGCUAGAAAGCAGAGCUGACUGUCUGCAGAGAGGUGCGGACCUCGUGAUCAUCAACAGCAAAGCAGAGCAGGAUUUCAUAACAAAAUUCAACAGACUCAUAUGGAUUGGACUGACGGACGUAAAAACCGAAGAUACUUGGAAGUGGGUGGAUGGCACUUCACUCAACAAAAGCUACUGGGGACCCGGGGAGCCGAACAGCUUUGAAGGCAAUGUGGAGGACUGUGUAGAAAUAAGGUUUUUUGACCUGGAGAACAGCUGGAAUGAUAUUCAAUGUGGAGAUCAAAACUUCUGGAUCUGUGAAAAGAUGUUAGCUAUAUAACGCAACAUAAUAAUGAAAUAAACUCCACUUCAAAAACAGACAAGGAGGCACAUGCGCAGAUACAGAUAGAGAAGCAAACCAGAUUUAAAGUCUUUAGGAAUAUCUGAUUUGUGGCUUUGUUUAAUAAGGAAGGAAAUGUUUUGAGCGCGUUGACCUCAACAGCACUCUCAGUGCAUGUAAAUGUUUGUUUAAAAUACAU